AUGUCGAAAUCUCCCUCUCUUAACUUUCAAGAAGUACCUAUUCUUCCCCUUGAACAAGUUCGGCCUCGUCUCACCCAGCUCACGCAUUCUUUGAGAAAAAUUGAAGACAUGCUUCGUGCAAAUCAGCCUCUUCCAAAUUGGACCACAGUUCAGAACCAGUUCAACGUUAUCAUGUCACAACUGAAUUCGUUUGCAAGAACUUUGGAUGCAAAUAGACAACCCCUUGAGUCUUCUGAUGUAUUUCCUAAUCAAGAAUUCGAUACCACGCAGCAUGAAGGUCUACUUACUACACUAUUGAGAAAGAAGCAUCUGCCCGAAGUUGACGAUUGGAUUAACUCGACAGAGGUUGUAAACGAACAAAUUAUUGCCAAAGACGACGAAAUGACCCGCAAAUGCCUCGAAAUUGUCGAGAAAUCAUUACAGGAGUAUAUAUUUGGUGGGUAUAUAACUAAGGAAGAGGGUGAAAAGGGUGUCGAACUGGAGGACAUCUUUGAGCAAAAGGAGCAGCCCGUCAAUACGGCCAAGGGACUCGACGAAGGUGACAUGUAUCGAUUCAUAUAUCAGGGUUUGGACUCCAAGAUCUCUUUAUGA